AUGGAUGUGGUUCAAUCGGCCUCCACAGAAAAUGUGAUUGCUAAGAAAUCCUUCGAGAAAAUAUCCAGUGUCCUUCUGGACAGCCUAGUGGAAGAACCUAAAAAAAGACAUGCUGUCCCAAAUUACCUGCUGGAAUCAAAAAUUUAUUCAGAACUUCAGAGGAGCAAGGUUGUACAGGCUGAGCCUGCUGUGUUACACUACGGAGGGUAUGAAGUUGGAAAACAUCACCAACAGGCGCUGAAGCUGAUAAAUAUUUCUGGCGAUGUAAUAAACCUUCACAUAAUACCACCCCAGACAAGGUAUUUUCAGAUCAAAUACAACAAAACACACCGGCUUGUCCCUGGCUUGUCAUAUGUGGUCACUGUUGAUUUUUGCCCUGAUGAGUGGCGGUAUUACUGUGACUGCAUCCGAAUUCACUGUCAGGGAGAAGACACAUCCAUUGUUCCUCUGCAUGCUUACCCUGUUGUGAAUGUUGUAGAAUUUCCAUCAUUUAUAAAUAUGGGUGAUGUAUCAGUUGGUAAGAGUAAGGAGUAUGUUAUCCCGUUGCAGUGCAGCUGUCCAAUAGAUUUUGAAUUCCACAUUGAUUUUAUUCAGCCUCACAGAGCCUUCACCGUCCAGCCAACAUCUGGAAUCAUUCCAGGCAAUGGGAAAGUGGAAAUAACUGUGAAAUAUUCCCCACUUGAGUAUGGAACAGCACAAAUGACAAUGCAGUUACGGAUUCUACAGUUUCACUCAAAACCCUAUGUAUGUGUGUUCACAGGAACAUCAAUACCACAUCUGAGUCUAAUAAAAGAACAUUUUGACAAACAACAAAGUCAUCCAGAGAAAAGAGCUGUGUCUGCAGGAAAACCCAUGGUGUGGAGGAGAGACCAACCAAUUUCAUGGAGUGGAAGAGACCGACCACGAUGGAGGCCAAUCAAAAAAGAAAUUGAAUACCAGAACCUCAGAUUCCCCACAGACUUGUCAAAUCCAUAUGCUGUAGCUACUGUUUUGAAUCAGGAACCAGGCAAAUUGAAGAUUAAGGACUUGAAAGAAGUCCUUUGCCAAGGCAAUGAAGGAAUAAAAACAAGACAGAUGAAGGAAGCAGCAUUUCAACUGAAAGUCAAACAAAAUAUUCAGGAGGAGGAAGCAAAUCAUCUGAAGCAAGUUCAUAAAGGGAACGAUCCGCUCUCUGUGGAAUUUAAAAAGGAGAUUAUUGAAAACCGACAGAGAGAAGAAGAGCAAUACAAGAUCCAAAGAGGAGAUCCUGUCAUGGAACAAGAGUUUCAAAGGAAUGAAGUCAAAGUUUCUUCCAGACGUGUUACCCGGCCUGUUGACCAGCAUCCAAAUGUCCAUCCCACAUUUGACUUGCUCCAAAAUGACCCUUGGGACAACAGAAGCAAGAUGUUGAGGAAAUUCCAACAAGCAGCAUACAAGAUUAUGAUUCAGACUCGGCUAAAUAAUUUACUACUUCUGUUCCGUGGGCUAACCAGAGGAACCAGAGGUUUGGAGGAAAGUUCUGUGUCUGGUAAGAAGAGUUUCACCAAACCAGAGAAGAGUGAAGAAUGUGAGAGCUUUUCUUCCCGCUUAUCUGAGGCUCGGAUAUUGCCUUUUGAAUUCCCCUUUUCCAGUUCUCAUGAAUUGCACCAUGAAUUGGCACCUAAUGCUCUUGGCCCAGUUCCUAUUGAAUCUGUAGAUGUGAAAAUCAGACACAUUCUUCCUCUCUGUGACUUGAAGGUUCCUCAGCACUUCAGCAUUAUGAAGUAUCAGCCAUUUUGUACACACUAUGCAGCCACCAGUUACAAACCUCGAAAACUUUCCCGACCACUGAGGCAGGGAGCCCAGGAUGAAACAUCCCAGAUGAUGGUUGCAUCACCAGAAGAUGCAGCAGAAAGAGAUAUCAGCCUCUUAAAUCUGGCUCCUCCCCGAGCUUUAGUCUACCCUACAGAGAGCAGCCCACUUCGCAUUUUUAACCCCAGUCCAGGACUGGUUCCAGUUUUACCUCCUUUGGACUAUUCUGAAACAAAUAUUGAAUAUCAUCUUUGUCCUCAUCCAAAAUACAUCUUCACCAAGGAAUGCCCCAAAGGAUCCAGUAUUCCAGUCACACAAAAGAAAUUUCUAGAUCACAAGGAAGUGAUUUCUGGAGUAAUGGAAUGGAGAAAAUUCUUACCUGUGGUGUAUUCCACUUUUUCUAACUCUCCCACAUGGACAAUUACAACACCUAGGGAUCCUUAUAGUUUAGAUAUGCUUCCAAGAGAUGCACCACCAACACUGGAUGACUUACCUGAGAGAGACAGGGAGAACAUAAUUGACCAUGAAACAGAUGAAACUGAGUUCGGAAUGAUUCUUACUCCAGAGAUGGUGAGAGCUGAAUUUCCACAAGUUGGACAGACACUCUCAGAAGCUGAUGAGAAAUCAGUAAAAGAAGGAGAACCACACAGUCAUCCAGAUGGACAUUUUCAACCCAAAACCAAAGAGCUCAGAGAGAAGGUUCAAAAACAUGUGGAGAACAUGAAGCUGGCAGCACUUAAUAAAGCUCUUAUUCUGGAAUAA